CACUUUCGUUUUUUUUUCAUUUUUAAUGCGUUCAAUCUUUUAACGGCUGUUACCGAUUAUAAAAUUAACUGAACGUGUGUGCUUUGAAUAGACAUGGGCACUGCAGAUACCAUACCAGUUGUCAAAAAAUUAUUAAUAAAUGAAAAUAAUGACAUUAUCGAAGAUUACGGACCGAAUUUAAAAUUAUUACCUUGUAACAAUCAAGUUAAAGAAUUACAAACAAUUUUACGCGACAAAAAUACCACGAGGAGCGACUUUAAGUUUUAUGCCGAUCGUUUGAUUAGGCUUGUUAUAGAAGAAAGUUUAAAUCAAUUGCCUUUUUCCAAACAUGUGGUCAUAACGCCAACCGGAUCACAAUACAAUGGUUUAAAAUAUCAAAAAGGUAAUUGCGGUGUUUCUAUUAUAAGAAGCGGAGAAGCAAUGGAACAAGGCUUAAGAGACUGUUGUCGUAGUAUAAGAAUUGGUAAAAUACUUGUAGAAAGUGAUGCAGAUACACACGAAGCUAGGGUUGUUUAUGCCAAAUUCCCAGACGACAUAGCAGAAAGGAAAGUCUUAUUAAUGUACCCUAUAAUGGGUACAGGAAAUACUGUGAUAAAGGCCAUAGCUGUCUUAAAGGAACAUAAUGUAUUAGAAGAAAAUAUCAUCUUGUCAAAUUUAUUUUGUACUCCAGUUGCAGCCAAAACUCUGGUCACUGUCUUUCCUAAGAUGAAGAUCCUGACCUCAGAGAUUCAUUGUAUUGCACCAAAUCACUUUGGACAAAAAUACUUUGAUAUGUCUCAUUGAAAGUAUAUAUUGCAUUAACAUAUACUUUUUCGAAAUAGUAACUAAAGCUUACUAUUUCAAUGGAUGAUCAAUAAGUGGUUGUAUAGUAAUCGUAGUCUUUAUACAUAAUACAAUUAAUUCAUAAAACAAAGAUUAUCACAUUAUAGAUUAAAUGAUACCAUAUUAUCCGAUCAUAAUACUAUUUUGAUAUUUACGAAUAUCAUAUUCAUAAAGAGAAUUAUGUAAUUUCUUUUGCAAAUAUUAUUCACUACAAUCAUAUAUUUGAUACAUUAGAACUUUGAACACUAUAAUUUCAUGAAGCGGAAAGAUGCAUGUUUUUUUUAAAACAAAGAACAUUUGAUGAGAUCCCUUUCCAUUAUAAGAUUCUUUUUAUUUUUCAAGUUUCAAGUUUUAUAGUGUUCUUAAUAAGCAUAAUAUGAACAUAAAAUUAUUAUCUCAAUAUCAAAAUUACUUUUAAUUAAAUUAAAUUUGAGGGAUUAUAAAAUAUAUUUCUCAAUAGUGGUUUAUCCAUAAUUAUUUUAAUUAAUUAUUAAGAAAUUCUCUAAGCGUUUUUACCAUAGGUUUAAACAAUACAAAGUUUUCUCUCAAAUCCUAUUCCUUCAUAUAAUUUUCUAUCUAUAGAAUGAUAAACAAGCAUAGAUUUUUUGUAUACAUUUCUUAAUUGGAUGUGCAUCUGAAGAGACUUAAACACUCAGAAAACAUAAUAAUUUGUAUAUGGUAUGCAUUAAUAUGACUGCAUAAUUACUUAAGCACUCCUUUUACAAGUGCAAACAUUUGUAAAUUGCAAUUCUCUAUUAUAGUAGAACAAUAGAUAAAAUCAUAUUUUAAGUAUUCAUAAAGAUCAUACUCUUCAUAUUUUAUGGGUAUAUCUUGUAAAUCAGUUUGGUAUUAGAUAAUUCUACAAAUUAUUUUGUAAAUCUUAAAAAAUGCGAUAUAUUAUCUGUGUUAUAUCUUUCUUCUGUGUUAUCAUUAGUUAAUCGAAAAUGAACACAAAGUUAUAUUAUGAAAUUUUGCAAUUUAGCGAUUUACAGAUGUAUACUUGCCUUAUUGAUUAAUAUUGCAUUUUAGUGGAUACAUUAUCCUUUUUGUGAAAAUGUUGCAUAUAUAUAUAUAUUUAUUCAUACUCUAAUGUGAAUUUCAGUAUAAUACAUAUUGUUAUGUAAAGGAGGAAACAAAAAUUGCAACACACUCAUAAUAAGAAUAUGUAUGUUCGAAUCUGUGUGUGAAAGAAAUAUGUUCAACAAGAAUUUGUUGAGAGUGGUGUGUGCAAUAAUGAAAUUUUGUUAUACAUAUUAGCAUAAACGUAUUUCAGUAAUUUUAUUGUUUUUUUGGAGAUAAGAUCUAAUUACACUUUCAUAUAUAAUCAUUAUUUAUCAGUAAUUGAAUGCAUCUUUGUAUCGUGCUGAAAUGCGUUUUAUUUUUAAAAAAAGCAAAAAAUAAGAAAAUUCUCCUGUUUUUCGCUAUUCAUACUUCAUAAUAAUUAAUUUCAUAAAGAGAGCAAUUUUCACGGAUAGCCACAUUUAAAGAAACGUGAUAACAAAAAGUUUAGAAUAUAUUUUUACAAAGAAAAUACAAAAAAAUCAAAGGGGUUUAUAGAAUGUAUUAUUAUUGAUAAACGUAUAUGUUCUCUUUCUUUUUUGUUUUAUACUUUUAUCGUUAUUAUUUUAUAAUAUUGUCGGCAAACUAUUUGCCUUACAAUGUGCCUGUGAAAAUGCUGCAUCAGACAGACGAUGAAUAGCAAUUGCAGAAGUAGCAAAAAAAAAAAAAAAGAAAUUAAUCAAUGAUUAUAUAUGUGUAUGUAGAGAUGUCUGCCAUCAUGACCCAUAAAUUUAAAUAAAAA